AUGAGGAAUAAGUUCUCCAAGAAGCUGGCAUCCUCGUCCUUCAUCCGACUGACACUGGAGCUGAAGGCCAGAUUUUGCUCUGUACAGAGCUUGUGCCUGAACCUUUACUCAGCCACAGAGAAGAUGAGAACUUCUUCUCAGGAGGAGCAGGAGAUGUCUGAGCUCCUGCAGAAGGGUCUGCCUCAGUUAAACUACACCAUUGCUGAAAGCCUUCUCCUCCUGUCUGAAACCCCUGAGCCUUUCUUUUUGGAUCAGUCUCUUUGCAGCCACCAGCACUGUUUUGUACUGCUCUUAUACUUUGCCUACAGCUUUGGGGACAGGUUUGUUCCAGAUGCAGAAUUAUUUCUAGCUGUAAGAAAUUUUCUCCUGUCAGCACAGGACCAUGGAGACUGUCUCCCUCCACACAUACUCAGAGCUGCACUUUACCUCCUUUCUGUCUGUCAGGACAAAGGCAAAGCCCUGGAUGUGAGGUCUUUGUCUACCAUAAGAAGGAUCCUGGAUAAUCUUCUAGAUCUGAGCUUGGUCUAUGUCCAUUGUCCUCUCCUGCUGAAAUUCUUCCUGCGCUACCCUGAGCUCAUGGGGAGAUUUGGACACCAAGUCCUCCAACUCUGGUUUUCCUGGGAAGACUGCAAGCAGACUGAGGUUGAAGAAUCUGAUCUUGGCUCAUCAGAUCAGCUGAACAGUGCCAAUCCAUUGCUUUCCAUUCUGAAGAGCAAUUCCAGCAUUUUGCUUAUUUUACUGGACCUGGUCUGCUCAAGCUCUGUGGAAGUGGCUUGGAAGGUGUUGAUGACUCUAAGGACCUUUCUGGAAAGAAAUGAGGAUGUGCUUGUCUGUGACCUCCUUCGGAGCAGAUUUUUACAGAUUCUGCAACAGCUGCUGGUGGAGAGCAGCUCAGCCACCCUACAAGCCAACAGGAACUUGCCUGUUUUGCUGAGCCUUCUUUUCCUGGUGCAGCUACGGAGCAAGGGCAUAAGGGAGCUGGACAGCACAGACUUCAAGCUGCUUCACCAGGUCUGUAAUCUCUGUGGGAAAUGCAGGCCAAGGGACACUGACCUCCUGCAGCCAUCCUUGAAUUUUCUGUACUGGAGCCUUCAUCAGACAACACCUUGUAGUCAACAGAGAGCAGUAGCUGUGCUGCUCUCCAAUGUGUCCUUGCUGGAACUCCUGCAGAAGGUUUUGGAAUGCACCUGGCUGUGGUCCCCUCCUUCCAGACCUGCCUCCUUGUCAUCUGAAGAUGCCUUGCUGUGCUCUGGAUGGCUGUUGGUGGCAUCCCUUUUGCUUUAUCAGCAUCGCUACAAUACUGAGGUUCACCAGACACUCUCUGUAGACCUUACAGAAGUCCUGAAUACAGUCAUCUUCAGGAAUAAGAAGCCAAUCCUGCUGUUAGGUAUUUACAUCUGUUAGGGGGAUUUGUCUGGAAGCAGCCACUAGUACCAUGAUACAAGCAGCAGGGGAGAACUAGUGACUGUGGAAUGGAAUGGAAUGGAAUGGAAUGGAAUGGAAUGGAAUGGAAUGGAAUGGAAUGGAAUGGAAUGGAAUGGUGGGGGUGCUGGAGGGAAUCUGGAAACUUUGGUCCAUUUGAU